CAAAUUGGAACUCGGAAAAAAAUAACGUCAAAUCAUGACAUCGGCGAUCUUCAGGUCGGAAAGUCGGAGUUCUAGAAAGAUACACGAGUUUUCCAUUUGGAAUUCUGAGUUGGAUGACGCUUCAAAACACAUUUUCCAAGUUUCCAGUUGUCUUGAACACACUGAAGUCGGAGAGAUUUCCGAGUUCCCAGUUGUUUUGAACGCGGCAUAAUUAUGCACUGAACGCGCCAUCGUAUUUUUCAGCUGACGAUGUAAACAAGAUCAUUGGCGAAUGCAAGAACUCGAUUUGUCCACAAUACUCAUACAUGAUUCUCCUUAUUUAAUCACAAAAAGCAGCCAUGGGGCUACCUGUUACGAUUAAAGUGAAUUUCAGGGGGAAUGUAAAGAGAUUUGUGGCUCCAGAUUUGGACAAAUCGGAAUUGGAGUCGGUGGAAGCCUGGAUAAAAGCAUCAUUUGGCAUAAGCCAUUUCCAAGUGAAAUAUUUUGAUGAGGACAAUGAGGAGGUUUCCAUUAACAGUCAAGAGGAAUAUGAGGAGGCGGUGAAGAGUGCAGAGAAGCAGGGGAACCAGUUGCACAUUAACGUUUACAAGACAAAGCAGGGUCAGGCUGGCACUGGGCUGGUCAAGGCCCAAGAUGUGAAGGAGUUGAAGGGUGACCUCCGGCCAGCCCCUCCAUACCCCUCCAGGGUCAAGACAGUGGACAAAGGCACACAGGUCACCCCUGAGCGAGAUGUUGUGGUUGUGAAGGACAACAAAUUGACUAAGCCAGAGGAUAAGCCUCCCCCAGCUUGGUUCAGGUCUUACAUGGAAAAAUUCAAGGAUGAGGUGGUAAAGGAAGUAGUGGAGAGGAUGUGUAACGACUUCUCUGGCCAGUGCUGCACCCACAAGGCUCCUGACCCUGAUGGACUCCUCGAGGCCCUUGGAGCUGUGGGUGGAGUCAAUGUCAAGGGGCCAAAGAUCAGCUCCUCCUCCACUGGGCCCCCCGCCUACACCUCAUUGGGCUACACUCCUGACUGCAGCAAAUGCAAGAGACCAGCCUCCGAUGGAGCGUAUCAGUGCAGUGUGUGUCCAUCCUGCAUCUUAUGUGAGCUGUGUCGACACAGCCACGACCCCAGCCACAACCUGGUGAGAACCAAGACACCCCUCUCCAUCCCUGAGCAUGGGAUGUUAGGAGAAUUAAGGUUCCCAAGGCGAGGAGACAGGACGGUGCGCAAGGCUGAGCGUCAGCGCCUCAAAGCUGAGAGGAGGCAGCUCAAGGCCGAGGUGAAGGAAAUCAAGAAGAAGCUGAGGCUGGAAAAGAGGGGCCUGCAAUGGAGCGGCCCUGCCAAUACCUUCGCCAGAUCCAUCAUGGCCGCCACCCAGGCUCCAGCCCUGGCCCCUGCUCCUGCUGCUACUCAGGCCCCAGAACCAUCCCCAGGUCCUGCCCCAGACCCCCAGGCCUCCAGUCCAGAGGGUCCCGAGGUCUCCCACACCACCUUGGUGCCCACUAUGGCUGCCUUGUUUCUGGAUGAAAACCUGCCCGAUGGGACCCGCCUAGAGCCCGGCACCAAGUUCAUCAAGUACUGGAAGAUGAGGAACUCGGGCACCAUCAACUGGACCUCAGAGACCAAGCUGAAGUUCAUGUGGGGUAACCUGGCCCUGGCGUCGGAAGAAAAGCGCGAGGUGGCCGUGCCCCUGCUGCAGCCGGGCCAGGUGGGCGUGGUCAGUGUGGCCUUCAUUGCCCCGGUGAUGGAGGGCCCCUACACCUCCCACUGGCGCCUGGCGCACUGCGGAGACCAGUUUGGCCCCCGCGUGUGGUGCAGCAUCGUGGUGGCCCCCAGCACCAGCCGAAACACCAACUGUCCUCAGAGCAAACGCCUGAAGGAGGAGCCCAGCCCCAGGCCUGUGGUUGUGGAGAAGGUAGAGGGGAGGUCCAGCUCCAGGGACAGUGGUCUGGCCAUGUCUGUAGACGACUGCCACAUAGACUACUACUUCCACUCUGUAGACCUGCUCACUGCACAGGAUCUGUUGUCCUUUGAAUUGCUGGAUAUGAACAUUGUACAAGAGUUGGAGAAAGUUCCAAACAACACUCCAGUCGAUCUGACCCCCUGUAUGUCCCCUCUGCCCCACGACGGCCCUCUACUGGAGAACCCAGGCCCUGCUCUGAUCAACAACAACCCUGAGAUGAACAGAGUAAACAACCUGCUAGGUGUGAAGAGGGAGAACUCGGACCCCCUUGGCCACGAGGAUGGGGACGAGGGGGACAUCAGCGGGUCCCAGUUUGUGUGUGAGACUGUGAUCCGCUCCCUCGCCCUGGAGGAGGCUCCCGACCACAAGCCCCCGCGCAGACAUCAACCUAGUUACUGCAAGCCCAAAGCACUCCCAGCUGAAGCCCUGGGCCCUGUCUUUGACUAUGAGAGGAAAGUACUUGACACUGCAGUAAGAGUGGCAGGACCAGAUGUGCUGAUGAUGGGGGUUAUGAGAGGUCAAGGUUCACCUCCAGGCCUUCCCCAGAUCACACUGUCAGAGGAGGAGACCGUCACAGAGGUUGAAAACGUGUACAUGGAACUGCAUGCACUGAAGGAGGAGGACAAGGAAGACAACAAAGCAGGAAAUGAUGUGAACGAAGAGAAAGAGGAGGAUGAAAAGAGUGACAGCUACGAUGAGAUUGAAGAGGAGGAGGAGGAGGAGGAGGAAGAUGAGACGGUAGACUGGGACGAGGUGAGCAGCCAGAUCUCCACCUUGUCCUCGUCCUCCUGCGAGGACUACGUCAUCGUCCUGCCCGACUGCUUCGACACCAGUCGGCCGCUGGGCGAGUCCAUGUACAGCUCCGCCCUCUCGGAGCCUGUCACUACUGCAGCCGCGGAGCAGGAGGAGGAGUCGGACUCGGAGCGUGAGGAACUGGACAGAGCCACCCCAGAGGGGGAGAGGCAAGAAGGGGCCGGGGCUGCAGCCACAGUCACGGAGGCCCCAAUCCACAGCAGUGUCAAUCAGAUGCUGUGUGCCUCCCAGACACUGGACGCCGUGCCCCUCACCCCCGUGGUGGUGCCCCCGCCCGUCCCUCUCCUGCCCCCACAGGCCCUGUACACACACAGGUCUGAAGCGGUCCAUGUUGCAGAGCCAACGAGUCAACAAGUGUCUGGACCAGUAGAACCAUGCCAACCAGCGGUCCAUUUAAAUGUAUCUAGUCAAACCCGACUGGUAGGCUCAGCCAGUGUCUUGGAGACGCACAACUCCAGACCCCGCAGCUCCCUGCACCGAAGGGGCCAAGGCGGUAUCACAGAGGGACUUGUCAAGGGGGCUCUGUCAGUGGCAGCGUCCGCCUACAAGGCUCUCUUCACUGGACAGAGCUGCUCCACACAGCGUGGUGUGGACCCGGCCAGCCAGGACGCCUCCAUGAUGGCUGUACUACUGGAGAUGGGCUUUGGGGACCAGCGGCUCAAUCAGCGGCUGCUGAGGAAGCACAAACACAACCUGCUGCACACUGUCAACGAGCUGGUUGCCAAGGCCGACAACGAAUGGGGCACCGCCACACGCUACUGAUGGGCCAGUUGGCAAAUAAGCCGGGCCCCUACGCAACCCCUGACCUCUGUGACACCCAAUGAGAGAGAUGGGGUUUUCAGUAUGGAACUGAUGUCACAGACAUGUCAGGUUAGCAUGUUGGAAAUGUCAGUUUCCUAGUUCCGACUAGCAUGUGACUGCGGCAUAUUGACAGUGCUAUGGUAGGUUGUCUGUCCAAAGAGAAUGGAGGUUGUUGGUAUUGAAUGUAACCAGAAUUAAAAGUCCACUUUUCUCCUUCGCAGAUGGUAUUGGGACUACUCUUGUCGUUUUGAAGGAUUUACAGGGUUGAUUCACAGGGGAAUUCAAUUACAUAGGAAUGCUAAGGAACGGAGAUGUCAGAUUCCUUUCGAUUUCUGUUAGCUAUAGUAGUUAAUCGGCCUGAACAUUGCAAUCUUGUAUGUAUCAAAAGUACUGUUAUUUUAGAUGUUACGCAACAAGCAACAAUUGACCUGUGGAUUGUGUAAGGAACAGGCACUGCAGAUUAAGGAAAUAAAAUGUUUAUUUUUAA